AAACAGAAGUCACAAAUGCAAGAAUUAGUUUACGCUGCAUUGCAGUGGAGCUGCGAUAAUCAAAGUGAGAAAAGCGUGAAGGAUAUGUAAGCAGAGUGCGAGCUUUAUAGCGUACGAACCAUGAAAGUCCUGAAAACUUAUGGUAGAAAAUUCAAAACAAGCGUCCUUGAGGUUUCCAACACCAAGCGCGAUUGGAGCCCCGAGGUGGUAGUCCUUCAAACACCACCGAGGAAUCGAUCAGACAUUCUUUUCGAAAGCCUGUGCAACCCUUCUGCGCAGGUGAAGCGCGCUCCAAGAGGAAAGGUGAAGUAUGGUAAUGUAACCAACCUGUUCAACGACAGCUCUGUGCAACCAGAUAAUGGGCGUCAAAAAAAGUCUGGAUCUGGACUCUCUGAAAACCGAGGCUGCCGAAAGCGACCACGAAAAAAUGCCAACACCCUCAGGAAACCACUUGCAGCCCAGCAGAAUGAUGUGGCACAGAGCCUGGCAGGCAAGAGAGCCGGACCAAGGCAGCGGAAGGUUGCGAGACCACCAACAAAGCUGUCACUAAGAAGCAAGAAGCCGCAAGCACAGCCAUUGCCAUCAACUUCAACAGGGAACGGGGAUUUUUCACGAAACGAGUCAGCCAUGAGGAGCCCCAGCUCUGCUUGUUCCACAUCAUCUUGUGAAAUACCUAGGCGUUUGCUCAAGGAUGACAGCUCAUUCUCGUUAAGCCUUGACAGUCCUGUGAACCCUACUAGCUCAACACCAAAAAAGAAUGUGAAAUGUAACACGGUUGACGCAGUCAGCAUUGGGUUGUCUCUUUUGAGUGAUAUGAGCAACACUGAUUUGAGCAGCCAUCGCUCUCGGAAGGGUGGCAGCUCAAUUGAAGGAAGCAGUAACUGGGUUACCUUCCGGAAAAAAAGAAACAGGGCGAAUUGGAGAUGUGUUGACAAAGAAAAUAGAAAAAAAGCCAGGCUGAGCUUUGAAAGUGAAGAUGCUUUCGAAUUCACCUGUGAGGAACAAAUGGUCACCUUUUAUGGUCAGCACACCAAUGCCCAAUGCCCAAGUCAACAAAGUGGGAACAGAGGGAUGGAUUCUCAACAGUGCAAUAGAGACUCCGCAUGUUGCACCAGCCACCAGCUCUAGACACUCAGUCUUAGCACAAGGCUCAGCUACCUUGAAAAAACAAGACCAGCAAUCUGGGACACAUAAAGCGAACCAUGGUCUAAGGCGAAAUCUCUCCAGUGCGAUGUCGUUUCAGGAUCCCUCACUUGGAAACCUCAGUGGUUUGUCAAGAGAAAUUUUUCCAGACAAUGCUGUGACAACCACAAGCUAAAGUGGUGGACUACAGUGGGCACAUGAGUACUCUGACCAACAGUAUUCUGUCUAAGCCGGCAUGCAGCAUCGCACCUCUGCAAUGUAAUGAGAGCUCUGCUGAGCUUUUUGUAUCUCAGCAGACAGAUGUUGAAGUUAGCGAUAUCUCUGUUGAUAUUGAAGGCCUUCAAGGAGGAGAGUUAAGCAAGGCAGACACAACUCUCGGAGAACAUUCUGCAAGGCUGGAACACUUCAGCCCUGCAAGAAUGUGUUCACAUGAGUGAGACUGAGAAAAGCAAGGGUCACGUUGAGCCCUGAGGCUUCACAUCAGUUAUUAGAAAAAUAUUCAGAGCUGUUCACAAAAGAACUGCAGCGUAAAGGUAGCUGACAUUAUGAAAAAAUUGAAUGCUGAUAAGGAGCGAUCUCAGCAUUCGUCUUUGGUGAUGGCUCAAAGUUGUAGUGAAAAGACAUUUUCUUUGGAAAAAGGCACUCUACAGAAUGCAUUCAAACUCAAGGAACUGCGUGUUGUUCUCACAGACCUAAAGCAUGAAGAAGCAAAGAAUAAAGAUGUGCUGGGUUACUCAACAGACAUGUCUUCAUUGGUCGACAAGGAUGAUGCUAAACAGUCAGUCUCAUUACAGAAGGCUACCAUGGGAAAAGGUUUCGCAAUGAACGAAGUGAACAUUCUGAAAAGAUGCGAGACACAAAAUACAAAAGAAAAGCGAAGCACAUCCGACCAAAGGCAAAACACCUGACAUAUCCUCAAGUGGCGAGCCACAGCUCACAACUAGAUCCGAUGGCAUCGACCAGUUGUGUUCCCUGAAGGACAAGGCUUUGUGGGAGAAGUUCCAACUUAAAGACGUGUGUGUCGUACUCACUGAUCUGAAGGACCAAAGUGCAACAAUGCAACACAAAAGUGGAGCCCAUGUGAACUAUACCCUCCCACACAAAAAGCCACUUAUGCAAGAGUCUGUUUGUGCACCUUUUUCUCGUGCAGAUAUAUGCCAUCAAAACCCAUCAAGCUCUUGUGAACAACAGGGCAGUCAUUCUUGGAAUGUAAGCACUGUGCAUAAAAUCAGCAACACGCCAUUUCAGCACUGUCCUGGAGAGUCUUCAAAAUUUGAGAUGUCAAAUGUUCCAGACAUGAAGUUGGGCCAGGUGAAUCAAUUCUUUUUCAUGCCAAAUGGAACAAAAGCUUCCGCAAACUAGCAACAGGAAAAGUACAAAGAAGAAUUCUCAAAGACAUGAGAAAAGCAUUGAUACUGAGCCAUUGUUAAUGCCAAGUGUUACCUACGGGACUAAAAACUCCUUGAACUCUACCUCUGAAAGCUUCGAAACACAGAUAAUGCCUAGCCCGCGUUCUUCAUCCAAGUAUAAAAACAAAGUGCUAGAACAGUGCUCAUUGAACGAAACAAAACUAAAGGAGGCCAAAGUUGUUCUUAAGAGAUCCAACGCUCAAUGUCAGCCCAUGAAACCUCCUCCUUCCUCCUCCUCCUGCUUUGAAGGAGAAAAGUGACAAGUCCAGGAAUCGCUCAAACAAUGGACCUUUAAACUGUGCAGAAGACCGGCGCAUCACUGCCUCUAAUUGCAACUCAUUGCAAAAUCAAAGUAAAAAGGAGAACUGGACAGCCUGCAUGAGGCGACAGGCAAGACUCACCAUGGCUCGCAGGAGUGCAAUACCUCCAAGAAUGCCUCUAGAUGCCAAUAGAAUGCUGCUAGACAUUUGCAACCAACAUAAACCUGUGACGUUCAAGCAAGCUCUUGGUGUCAGAGCCUUCAAGGAGUGUGUGAAAAUCGGUGAGGGCUUAUAUGGAGAAGUCUUCCGAAUCGGACGUGGAUCAGAAGCGUCUGCCAUCAAGAUUGUGCCAAUAGAGGGGUCUUUCCUUGUGAACGGAGAGAAACAGAAAACUGCUGCCCAGAUUCUUCCGGAGGCCAUCAUCUGCCAAGAGUUGAGUGCCCUUUCCAAAACGGAACAAGCCACUAGCUGUCCGAAUUUCAUUGAAGUAAAAAGGUUGCACUACGUUCAAGGCAAGUAUCCCCCAGCCCUCCUGAAGCAGUGGGACGUGUUCGAUUCCGAAAGGACAAGCGAGAAUGAUAGGCCAGACUGCUUCAAGGCAGGCCAAAAGUAUUUCAUGUUUCAGUUUUCUGAUGGCGGAAUAUCCUUGGAAGAUUAUGAGAUAAACUCUGCAACCGAAGCCAAAAGUAUCUUCCUCCAAGUUGCCUGUGCUUUGGCUGUCGCCGAGACUGCUCUAGAGUUUGAGCACCGCGACCUCCACUGGGGAAACAUUUUGGUCGCACCAGCAGAGAAACGUUACAUUCACUGCCGCCUGCCUCAAGGCCGCUUCAUUCUGGACACGAACGGUGUUUUUGUCUCGGUGAUAGACUACACAUUGUCCAGACUACGCAAAGGAGGAGCAGUCAUCUUUACCGAUGUGUCCCACGAAGAUGAGCUUUUCAGCGGUGUUGGCGACUACCAGUUUGACAUCUACAGGCGCAUGAAGGAGCACAAUCAGAAUGACUGGAAAAGCUUCAAGCCAUACACGAAUGCACUCUGGCUCCACUACCUGUCCUGCAAGCUCCUCGAAAAGGGCUGGUCCUCGACCAGGAGUCGGCAGCAGAGUUCGGCCGUUGCCGAACUCAGAGAGUGGAGCGAUAAACUCAUCCUUCAGUGUUCAUCGUCAAUAGACAUUUUCCUGAGGUGCAUUGGCACACAGUCUACUCGGAAUACGACAGGGGCUUACUACAGAUGAGUGUUGCAUUGAGUGAUGCAAUGUAAAUAUAUUUUUCUUUUUUUUAAGGUCACAAUGUUCUUUUAAGAAUAGUUUUAAAUUCUCAAAUUUACUUUAUCUCAUUUUUCAUGCAUCACAUGUAAAGUACUCAUGCCACCCCAUCUCCAUCUGUAUUCUUGUCCCAGUGUGUCUACAUUUUAUCGAUUUUAGAAAUAAACUUCACUGUAACAUUGAAAAUACCA